CAUCUGCGGUGUGGCAAAGGAGACGGUGAUUAUUAGUGACACUCAACAUGUCCGUCACAUGUAGCGCUAAUGAAACGUGCUAUACAAAACACCCUAGUGCACUCCGGCCACAUUAUACACACCGCCUUACAGAGCCCUGUAACAACAAAACGUCUUGGUGCAAAACGAGACCCAAAGAUGAGAUCAUGGCUUGUCUUGUGUUUUUUGAAGUGAUUCCCAUGGGAACCUGGGAGCAAAAGCCCAGAAGUGGGGUUUUAUACCUCUGAUGAUGUGUAUUCCAGCCAGGCCAUUGAGUGCGCACACCAAUUGUCUGUGAGCUUCUUCACACUCCACUCGACAUUUCUUCUGCAGGGACUUAAGGAGCUCCUCCAUCGUCAUGGUGCUGGGGAGGCACGGCACAGACAAACCCACUCAACAAACACUCCAGCACAAAUGACACAGAAUGGGUCAACUUUAAAUAAACAAAACUUCACAUUGUAUAAUUGACAAAAAGGUUGCUGUGGUCUAUUACCACUACUAAUGCGGUGAUACUCUAUUUAGUCUAGCUAGAUUGCUAAUUAACCGCUGCAGCUGCCUUCAGAUGAGGACCUUUCUUCCCGCCUACGAGCGCCUUGAAAAUAUAAUACGUCAGCUACCUUUUCUGCAGUGGCAGGAACUCCCCCCUCACAGCCUGUGGAUGGCAGCAGGCCUGACGCAGCCUCAGCAGCGGGCCCAGGAUGGUGUGGACGGUGCGGCGGUCGAGGCUGCCAAGUUUCAGGCUCCAGUCGGAUAUCUUCCUGAGUUUGGCCAGAGCGUCCUGGGAGCAGACCUCGUGCUGACGGUGGUAGAAGUGUCCCUCGACGGGGGAGAAGUGCAGCCAGUGCACCUCCUCUGUCUGAGGCGGAAUUUGGAUCUGGAAAAGCAACCGAGAGCAGAUCAUUGAACAUACUUGAAAUACGUUUUCUGGAAUGUAACAUUACGUCUUGUCCUUAUUUAAACCUUUCUGAUUGACUAUUAGAUUCUUUAAAUGAGUAAAAAUGAUGUCUCAAACAGGGUCACAGGAAUGCAGAACUUUUGUUGUCCUACCUGAUCAAUGACGUCUUUUUUAGCUGAUCGCCACAACAAUUGAGCAAUUACAUUGUACAGCGGCUCUGUGUUUCCACGGCGAUAAGGGCGAUAAAGCAGCUGGUCCCACCAGUGUUUUACCCAGUACGGGUCAACUCCCAGGAAAAGUACAAGGCCGUACAGAUCUUCAAAGAAAACAUCUGCCUCUCUGGACCGGAGUGCCACUGACACACCAGCGGUUGACCGAUGCGAGGCGCAGAGCCAUCUCUGCAGCCUGACGGUACUGAUUUCUGGAUUCUCACCUUGGCAGUGGGACAUUCAACCAUCUGAGCCUCGUCCAGACAGAUGCGCCACCACUCCACAGCAACCAGAGGACUGGCACUCGCAGCGAGGAGGACCUGAUGUGCCGGUUGAUCUCCUCCACCCACUGGUGGCAGAUGGAGCUCGGGGAGAUGAUGAGGGUGGCACCGGUGGAGACGGGCUUCAUGGCAACCAGGCAGUGGGGGCAGUAGAAAGGUGUAGUCUCGAGGCUUUCUUCUUUGUAGUUUACACAGUCUGCAUGCUGCCACAGCUGGCAGUUCAUACACUGGACACGAGCCUUGUAGUCAACAAUGCCCAGUUCACCACAGAUGCACUCAAAGCGGUAGUCUGGGGUGUUGAAAGGGAAAACGGACGCUCUGGUGGGGGUUUCCAUCUCUUCUGAUUCAAGCUGAAGAGCUUCUCCCCUUUCUUCAGACUUUCAUCCCAUUCCUUCUUCGUUGCCGUCUCCUCUGGUUCUAGACAGUCCGACGCAGGAGAGUACUGAUCUCUCAGAUCAUCUGUAAGAAGAGAGUUUUGCAGCGCUGCUUCUGCCUUCUCUUUUGCUCGUCUCUGAAACACUUUCCUCGGCGUGCUCUCUGUGUUUCUGGAGUUCUACGAGGAAAAAAAGAAAUUGGACAAAAGUUCAAUAAUACAAUAAAUUCUUUCCCAGUUUAAAUGACCCCGCCAAGCCGCGGCCUUUGACCCGGUCAACCAGGCCUUCGUCUAUCAGCUUCACCAGCAUCUUCUUGAUGUGGUUGCGGUUUUUUAGGAGGUCAUAACCGUAAGUGGCACGGAUGUAGGUGAAGACGGCGUUGACGGAGGCUCCUUUGCCAGAUCUCAUCUCCUUGAUUGCAGUGAGGAGCAUGACCCGCACAGCUGCACAGAAAGAACCAGAUUUGUGUAAAAUAUCUAAAUGGUAGUGGUAUUAAAAGCUGUGAUGUCAGAGAGGACGGUGAGUGACCUACUUGGGUAAGAUACUUUCAUUUUAGGCUGAACUUCAGAUUUGCAGCGGAUGACCUUUUUCUCUAGAGGAGGAGGAGGUAUGAAAUAAUUUACAGAUUUUCCCUGCAAGACCAAAGAGAAACAAUUAAUCAUUUUCACAAAGUAGCUGAUGUCUUUACAGAGCAUAUUAAAAUAAAUAGAACAGUAGACAAAAUCCCCUACAUUACAUGACUGUUAAUCAUCCCUUGCACCAAUAAGGUGAAGGUAAAAGAGGGAAAGAAAAAGGUGAACUUUUUAAACAAAGUCGGUAUUUGUAACUGUAGCUGCCUGCUGAUCCUCACCACAGGCAGGGUGAGGGCCUCCUGCUCCAGGUCCUGUCGGGUGUGAAACAGGAUGAGAGCCAGAACUUCCACUGUCUUUCCCAGCCCCAUUUCAUCUGCCAAGAUCCCACCAGGCCACUCCACACCUGCCAGGGGAAAUUCUCGUAUUAAGCUGAAAAAAGAAAAGAAAGUAUUACUAAAAAUACUUUCAUGUAUUACUAAAAACCUCAUCCUUUGAACUACAACAAAAGGAGGUAACUGUGCAUUCACAAAAUUACAUUAAUAUAGAAAAUUAAAGGAUCAGUCCAGCCCAAUUCAAAAAGACAUAUUUUCCCAGUUACCUCUAGUGGUAUCUAUCCAUGCGUAUAUGUUUUUGUUUAAUGUGCUGGGGUUUUGAGAUACCAGCUUAAGACACCUCUGCUGCUGACUCAACACAAUAGAGGUGAAUGGAAGUUCACUUGUGUUGCUCAAAGAAUUGGAGAAAUACAUUAUAAAAUGUAUAAGAUUUGUUCUCUGAACAUAAAACUGAAACUAUUUGCCUGGGCAGAUAUUACUGGUGGGACCAUAUGUUUUUUUUGUGAUUUAAGUGAACUGACCUGUUAACAUUCAAGUUCUUACCAGCCGGUAAAGGGGUUGUAGAACAACUUCUUGCCGCACAAAGUGAUCACCUCCCGCCAGAGGAAAUGCAGAAUUUGUUCUGCAAAGAAAUGGGAAAUAUUGACAAUCUCAAUUACAUAACUGUCACAGUCCUAACGUAGGCCUUUUUCCACUACAGGAACUUAACUUUGCUGUUGUUGGUUACAAGGCUGUUUAAGUGUGUGCAUAAGUGAAAAAGCACUAGUAUAGUCUCCUUCAGCAUCAUCCUAAAUUUCAAAGUUUUACAUCUCAUUAGAACGCAGCAGUGUACAGUUGUGCCAGACAAGAAGUGAUCACCUUUAGGUGUAGUGUUCCUGUAUCUCUCUCUCUUCAGCAUCCAGUUGACCGCCUGGCUCUGAUAGGGUCUGAGAACAGGAAUAAGAGCUUUGUGCUGAACGUCAUAUGUCGCCUCCUGGCUCUCUCUCUGGUGCAGAUGUCUGACGUAAUCAUAGAGCUCCUCCACAUUUUGCCUCUCCAGGUCAGUGUCACAUUCCUCCUCGUCAUUCUCUACAAUUUCUACAAUGAAUAUAAAGCAGAGAAAUCAAUUUUUUUUUCUUUUUUUUUUCCUGAGAACUUGGAUCACAGGAUGCAUUACACAUUAAGACUAGACCCUUACCGGGUAUAAUGAAAUCGUAGAAAUACUCCAUUAACUUUUGCAUUAAUUGAUUUGCUUUCUUCAUCCGAGCGUUUCCCUCGCUGAGGUACUCUGGCUUCCCGAGCCCAGUUUCCAGCAAGUAAAUCCCCACCUGCCAGAUGCAGACAAACAACAGCUGAUGGAAGAAAUAAUGUGAAACACAGAACUAUGACUUUUUGCCAUCCCAACAUAAUGAGCAGAUGGAGGUUGAAAUGUGAUGUUUGCGCAGAACAAGACUAUUUAUUGACUACCAGCAUUAAAGUUAGUGUAUGGCUCUCUUUGGCCUGGUGGCAGAGCUGCACCACCUUCCUCUUCUGCAUCCAGUCGAGGUCCUCCAGCGGGAUCCCACUGAGGCUGCACUCCGCUGUGCAGGCGUCCUCGUCGGCCCUCCACUGCAGUCCCGAGCUCUCAUCAUAGCCGCUGUAGCUGAGGCAAAGCUGCUCACCCAUCCUGUGGAGCACCAAAGCUCUCAGUUCACAGUCAGAUGGGAUCCAAGCCGGAUGGACGCUGAACUCCCCGAUAAGCGCCUUCCAGCUGUGGCCCAGCUUCAAAGCCGGCACCACGCUGAGGGCCAGGGAGGCCGAGGCAGAGCUGCUGUCUGACGACGUACCGGGAAGUUCCUCUGGGAAACCGACUGAGCUGCUGCAGGCAGCCUCCGGGACAUCCUCGGCGGCUGGGAGAAAGGAGUUGCUGGGAGGAGGGUCGACGGGAAGAAUGGAGCAGGUUAACAUCUCUCCUCACAUGGCUACCUUUUCCCCACGUGAACUUACACAAGAAAUGCCAUUAAUCGAUGCUACAUUGUCUGAAACAUCCCCCUGACGCGUAAGAAUUUGGGCUUCAAAUCAGGGGCACUGCAGUGCGUGUGACCCGGUUUCAAGAUGCAGUGAGGAAGAGGAGAAGAAGGGGGCAUGAUCAGUACAGACAGAGAGAGAAAGAGAGGGGGCAGGGAGAGAGAGAGAGAGAGAGACAGAGAGAGACUCAGUGCCACAGUAAAUUCUCGGCAGAAGAGUCCAGGCUGGCUUCCUUGCUUCAGAGAAGACACAGACCCGCUAUGUCCCGAAUUGGCUGGUGCAUGUAGGUGGAUUGAUGGACCUACAUUAUGGCAAAGUGGAAGUGAUUCUACCUUCUUCUCCUGUGGCACAAUGUUGAAUAUGAUUUACCUGACUGCUGUGAGCAUCUUGUACUUGCCUGUUUUACUGUUUGAGGCAUUUGUGUUGUCUAAUGGAAAGUAUGAGAGGUCCGUGGUGCCGAGCUCUGCCUCUCGCCUGGUGGCGAGGAUGGACGGGGAUAUUAUAAUCGGUGCCCUCUUCUCUGUUCACCACCAACCCUCCGCUGAGAAGGUGGCAGAGAGGAAAUGUGGAGAAGUCCGUGAGCAGUACGGCAUCCAAAGAGUGGAGGCCAUGUUCCACGCCUUGGAUCGGAUUAACUCGGACCCAAACCUGUUACCCAACAUCACCCUGGGCUGUGAGAUCAGGGACUCCUGCUGGCAUUCCUCAGUGGCUCUGGAGCAGAGCAUCGAGUUCAUACGAGACUCUCUCAUCUCCAUCCGGGACGACAGGGAUGGGUCCAGGUGGUGCAUCGAGGGGGUGCCCUCCAGUCAGCCACCGACCACCAAGAAGCCCAUAGCGGGGGUCAUCGGGCCCGGCUCCAGCUCAGUCGCAAUUCAAGUUCAAAACCUUCUGCAGCUGUUCAACAUCCCGCAGAUCGCCUAUUCUGCAACCAGUAUCGACCUCAGUGACAAGACAUUAUUUAAGUACUUCCUGAGAGUCGUGCCCUCAGACACUCUUCAGGCCAGGGCCCUCCUGGACAUCGUCAAACGAUACAACUGGACUUAUGUGUCUGCAGUGCACACAGAGGGUAACUACGGGGAGAGUGGGAUGGAGGUGUUCAAAGAGCUCGCCUCACAGGACGGCAUCUGCAUCGCCCACUCAGACAAGAUCUACAGCAACGCCGGGGAGAAGCACUUUGACAGGCUGCUGAGGAAGCUGCGUGAGCGUCUGCCUAAAGCCCGAGUUGUUGUCUGCUUCUGUGAAGGCAUGACUGUUCGGGGGCUGCUCAUGGCCAUGAGACGGCUCGGAGUAGCCGGGGAGUUCCUCCUAAUUGGCAGUGAUGGCUGGGCCGACCGAGUCGAGGUGGUGGAGGGAUACGAACAGGAGGCUGUGGGCGGCAUCACAGUGAAGCUGCAGUCUAAAGAGGUCUCCUCCUUCGAUGAAUACUUCCUGAAGCUCAAGCUCAGCACCAACACCCGCAACCCGUGGUUCCCCGAGUUCUGGCAGUACCGCUUCCAGUGCCGCCUUCCCGGACACCCGCUAGAGAACCUGAAUUAUGCACGAAACUGCACAGGUUAUGAAAGUCUGGAGGACAACUACGUUCAAGACAGCAAGAUGGGCUUCGUCAUCAAUGCCAUCUACGCCAUGGCCCACGGGCUGCAAGACAUGCACACUGUUCUCUGCCCUGGGCAUGUGGGGCUCUGUGAAAACAUGAAGCCUGUCGAUGGCAGCCACUUACUGGACUUUCUGCUCAAGACCUCCUUCACGGGUGUUUCUGGAGAGGACAUUUGGUUUGAUGAGAAUGGCGACUCACCCGGGAGGUACGAGAUUAAGAACUUCCAGCAAGUGGAGCCUGGUGUUUAUGACUACAUCAACAUUGGCUCCUGGCAUGAGGGUCUUCUCAGUCUGGAUGAUGAACUGAUGCAUAUGAACCGCAGUGACGUGGUCCGCUCUGUCUGCAGUGAGCCCUGCUCUAAAGGAGAGAUCAAGGUGAUCAGGAAGGGAGAAGUGAGCUGCUGCUGGAUCUGCACUGAUUGUAAGGACAACGAGAUCGUCCAGGACGAGUUCACAUGUAAGGCCUGUGAGCUGGGUUGGUGGCCAGAUGAAGAACUGGAAGGCUGUGAGCAAAUUCCUCUGCGCUACCUGGAGUGGAGCAAUCCAGAGUCCAUUAUCCAGGUGGUUUUUGCCUGUCUGGGCAUCCUGGUCACGUCAUUUGUUGCCUUCAUCUUUGUCUUAUAUCGUGACACGCCUGUGGUCAAAUCCUCCAGCCGUGAGCUCUGCUACAUCAUCCUCGCAGGGAUCUUCUUGGGCUAUCUGUGUCCCUUCACCCUUAUCGCCCGUCCCACCGUGGCCUCCUGCUACCUCCAGAGGCUGCUUGUUGGACUCUCAGCUGCCAUGUGCUACUCCGCCCUGGUAACCAAAACUAACCGCAUUGCCCGUAUUCUGGCGGGCAGCAAGAAGAAGAUUUGCACCAGGAAACCGAGAUUCAUGAGCGCUUGGGCUCAAGUGGUCAUUGCCUCCAUCCUGAUCAGUGUCCAGCUCACCUUGGAGAUUACCCUCAUCAUCUUGGAGCCUCCUGAACCCAUCAAAUCCUACCCCAGCAUCAAAGAAGUUUUCCUCAUCUGCAACACCAGCAACGUGGGUGUCGUGGCCCCUCUCGGCUACAACGGCUUGCUCAUCAUGAGCUGCACCUAUUAUGCCUUCAAGACCCGCAACGUUCCUGCAAAUUUCAACGAAGCCAAAUACAUCGCCUUCACCAUGUACACCACGUGUAUAAUAUGGCUGGCGUUCGUGCCAAUCUACUUUGGCAGCAACUACAAGAUUAUCACCACGUCUUUCUCUGUAAGCCUCAGUGUGACUGUAGCUUUGGGUUGUAUGUUCACCCCAAAGAUGUACAUCAUCAUUGCUAAACCUGAGCGGAACGUGCGCAGUGCGUUCACCACCUCCGACGCUGUGCGCAUGCACGUCGGCGAUGGCAAAAUUGCCUGCCGAAGCAACAGCCUGCUCAACAUGUUCAAGAGGAAGAAGAACACUGGAAACGGCAGUUCUAAUGGAAAGUCUGUGUCAUGGUCUGAACCAGGUGCAAGACAUCCUCCAAAAGGGGAUCACACGUGGCACAGACUGUCAGUGCACGUGAAGAGACAGGAAGCAGGUUCCAAUCAGAUGGCUGUCAUCAAACCCUUAACUAAUACCUACCAAAGCCGAGGCCUGGACUUCUCAGACCUCAGCACUAAGACUUUGUACAAUGUGGCUGAGGAGGACGAGAAUGACCCAAUCAUAUACAAUCCCCCCAUCACUCCGCCAAUGGUGACCCACAGACACAUUCCUGCCUGUGGGCUUAUAAAAGACGUGGAGGAGGUGAAGCUCUACAAACCUCAGCAUCUGCAGCCAAAUUGCAUUAUCCCCCAACACGUCGUCAUGGACCACCUACAGGGGAAUGUGACGGUUGGUAAAUUCAACAGUGACACCCCUGAUCCUAAUGAUAUGAUUAGCAUGCCCGAGGCGGUGAGCGGCGGCAUGCCCGUAUACCACCAGGCCCACCUGAUCCAGCAGGAGCAGGUCCUGCCUCUGCACAUGGACCUGUUUGAUGAGGAGCCCUCCCCCCCUUUAGAGGACGAGGAGAUGGAGAAUGAGCAGUUUGGCCUUCUCCAAGGCUACAUGUACAACAACGCCCAGAUUCAUGACGAGGACGUUGUUGAGGUCAAAUUAGCCCUGGAAAACUCUCUGGCUCUAAUGCCUCCGUCCCCUUUCCGAGAUUGCGCUGCUCCUCCAGUUAGCCCCUACCCCAAUUCGCCGGUGUCCGAGUCGAUUUUGUGCAGUCCUACAAAUGUGACAUAUGCCUCCGUCAUCCUCAAAGACUUCAAGCAAAGCUCCUCAACUCUGUGAGGGUGCACACUAAAUAUUACCAGUUGUUGUACUAUAUU